UAUGAGGUUAUGUCACUGCAUGUGUGGGCCUGGGGGACUUUUUCCCUCUGUAUGUGUGGGCGCCGUGCAGAGACCUGGGCAACAAAGAUCACCGGCCGUAGAUGCGGGUUGCCAUGGGAACGCUUGGUGUUCCACACGCGGAGUGAGAAUCAGGCUGCACCAGGAAGCCGGCAGUGACGUGCACAGACGCGGUUUGGAGCCCGGGACAUCGUGGAGAGAGAAAUGUCAUUGCAGCCUAUUGCAUAGCCAAAAUGACCGAUGAUCACGACUGAAAUACAUCCGCAAUCUCACAAAAUGCAGUUAAAAAACAGCCCAACUGAGUCACAGCACAGGCGGUGUGAUACAUCAAACCAGGUUCCAGAGCCAGCGGAAAUAAAGCAACAUGGAAUACAAAGUAUGACAAACGAUACAGAUGUGAAAGAAAGGACGCAACCUGCAACUGACGUUAGCAAUGAAGAUAGACAGGGAGAUGCUCUUUCCCCAGAAAAGAGUCCUACUGAGCCCUCAAGCAAACGGAGACUGAGAAAGAUCUCAACUUGUUCAAGAAAAGCAGCUUUAUCAGCAAGAGGCAAAAAGAGAUGUCAGUUCGGCACAGGUUCACAGGUUCUACCCAGUAUGUCCAAAGUUGGAUGUGAGUCCUCCGAGACAGAACCCUUAGAGGCAGCUAAAAUGGAAACAUCCACAGUUAUCCAAAAGAUUUCCUCUGAAUCAUGUCAUCCAACAGAGAAGAGACUAGAAGACCCUCGAGGGCCCGGAUCCUACUUUUACAUUGGUGGUAACAAUGGGGCACAAUUGGUAAGUGCGUAUUGCCUUAACAAAGGCUGGCAGCGCAUCCAGGACAACAAGAGAGAUGACUACAAGUUGAAAUGGUGUGAGACCAAGAGCCCAGCCACUUAUUGUGCCUUCCGAGACGGUGAACAACUGCUGUAUCAGAUACCCAACAACAAAGUGCUCACCAGCAAAAUUGGCCUUCUAAGCAGCCUGAGGGAAUAUGAAAGGGUCAUGCAAAAAAUCAACAAGACCAGUAGAAUGCUGAAAAUGGCAGAUUUCUUUCCUGAGACGUUCCGCUUGGAUGCGAAGGAAGAGGCAGAAGUGUUCUUUUCCACCUAUGAAGAGGGCCAAACAUGGAUCUGCAAACCUACAGGGCUGAAUCAAGGCCGUGGUAUCUAUUUGCUGAAAAACCAAGAACAGAUCAAUACCCUUCGCUGCCAAAUGCAGUCCAUGGCGGAUAUGACUGCAUCUAGGAAGGUGCUGUCUCCAGCAAAAUGUCCACAGGCACGGAUAGUGCAAAGAUAUAUACCAAACCCUUUGCUUCUGGAAGGAAAGAAGUUUGACAUUCGUUCCUACCUGCUCAUAGCUUCUACUGUGCCCUAUUUUGUAUUCUUUCGCCAUGGCUAUGUCCGUCUGACCUGUAACACCUAUGAUCUAAAAUCUGAUGAUCUCACAGGUCACCUGACCAACCAGUACAUGCAGAAGAAAAACCCACUUUAUAAUGAGUUGAAAGAGGAAACAGUCUGGGGAAUGGAAAGAUUCAACACCUACGUCAAUGAGUUGUUUGCUCCAGUGAAAGGUCUACCCCAAGACUGGGUGCUGAAUGUCUUUACGAGGAGGAUGCAGCAGAUAAUUAUACAUAGCUUCCUGAGUGUGAAAUCAAAGCUGGAGUGCCGACGGGGGUACUUCGACCUUAUUGGUUGUGACUUCCUGAUCGAUGAAGAUUUCAAGGUUUGGCUACUAGAGAUGAACUGCAAUCCUGCCCUGCACACCAACUGUGAGGUGCUAAAAGAAGUCAUUCCAAGUGUGGUCAAUGAAACUCUUGAUUUGGCUCUUGAAAUCUUCAACAAAAGCUUUAAAGGCCAACGCAUUAUGCCACUGAAUACUCAGAGCGGGUUUGUACUGUUAUACAAUGGGGAGAAUAAUGAGCAGACCGUAAAAUUCAAUUGGCCUAGAAGCAUCAGCCCUGUUAAGAUGGACAAAACAUUGCCAUCUGAGAGCCUUAAUGGACCUGCGAAAAAUGUGGAAAAGUCACAUAAAUCGCUUAGAGCUUCUAAAGACAGCGGCAGUCUCAUUAUAGCUAAACCACCCAUCUCCAGGUCUCCGCAGAGAGCAACCUUAGCAGUGUCCCCUGUUAAUAUGACCGGACUUUAUGAUGGCUUUACUCUCCGUUCAGUCAAACACAAAUCCAGAAAUGAGACCACUUCUAAGAGUUUUGAUGUAACUCAACAUAACUUUGUAACAGAGAUGGGACAAACAAAAGGCAAAAUUGAACAGCCAAGUCCUGUAGCCAAAAUCUCCUUUUCAGGUCCUCAGAAAUUUCGGGUCAUUGCCAAUAAAAAAACCCAGUACACCAAAAGGAGCUCAUCCUGUGCACCAAUAUACACCAUUGCUGUAAUUGGCCCAAGCCACAAAUCUCAGAUCUUAAACACAGGUUCCAGCCCUGGGCAUAAGGUAUCCAGUGAAAUGAAUCGUCCUGAAGAUACGCAGAACAUUGAACAGGGAUAUUUGAAAUCUCUUGAGGAAAUAAGUUCCAUAGAAAUAUUAUAAAAUCAGAUUUCCUGCUGCGAAACAGGUUCCAGAAUUGUGGUAUUCUCUCAUUCUCAGGCCUCACAUUAACUCUAUUAAAGUUCAGGAAAAUCAAAUAAAGAAAUUACAACUGUGAUGCUCUAAAAAAAAAGUCUGGUAAUCCAGAAGUGUAUCCAGACUUAUUUAGGUUAAAGCUGUUUUGUGUUACAGAAAUAUUUUAUAAGUGUUUUGUAUUUUUCAGUCUAUUUGUGUUGUACACGGUGCUGUGGUCAAAGCAGUAGUAUAAAUCCACUUAAGUUCUGUAUUUUUAUAAAUAAGAAUUAUAUUUUCUAUACAUAAAUAUUUAAAUAAUUGUACAAACAGAAUUCUGCAAUAAUUGGUGCUUUUAAUGUGUUUAACACAAAGAAGCUAUACUGUAAUUUAGUUUGCUGUUUACCCAAUAUUACCAUGUUUACAGUUAAAACACACAAUUUAAUCUAUUUAUGUUUUUUUGGUUGUAGAUUGCAAGUAAUACAUAAAUAAUAACACAUUAUUUGUCAUGAGAAGAUUAAUUGGUAUAUUGGAAAGUACUGCUUAUGGCUUACAACCAGUGCUAUUUAUGUAGGAAAAUAGAUUCAGGACUGUGGGUGGAGCAGAGGUGGGCGGUGAUGUGAGCAUAGGUACCAAAGGCGCAGGGCAUCAAUUUGUGCAUAAGCUUUUUUUUUCUCAAACAUAAUACCCCGAGUAGUGCCAUAUAUACACAUAAUGCCCCCAGUAGUGCCAGAUACACAUAAUGCCCCCUGUAGUGCCAGAUACACAUAAUGGCCCCAGUAGGGCCAAUUACACAAUACCCCCAGUAGUUCCAGUUACACAGUGCCCCAAGCAGUGCCAGUUACACAAUGCCCCCAGCAUUACCAGAUACACAAUGCUUCCAGCCCAGUAACACAAUGCCCCUAGUAGCACCAGUUACACAAAGCCCCCAGUAGUGCCAGAUACACAAUGCCCCCAGUAGUGUCAGAUACACAAUGCCCCCAGCAGCAGUGGUGUAACUAUAGAGGGUGCAGGGGAUGCAGCUGCUAUGGGGCCCAGUGGCUUGGGGGGGCCUAAAAGCAAUCCCACUGCACCCUGUAAAAAAAAUAUUUUUCUUUCUUGCUUUUAUUUGUAAUCACUGCUGCCGCACUGGGUUCAGAGCCCUGCAGUGCACUUACAGGGAGGGAAGAAAGAGGUGAAGCUGCUUGUUUUGCAGAAUCAGGAAGCAUGGCUGCACCAGCAGAAAUUGCGCCGGUGGUGCACCGCUGUCGAAUGUGGCACUGAUUGUGCUUAUAAGCACAAUCAGUGCGCAUCCAUCAGCUUCUGCUGGUGCAGCCACGAUUCAGGAUAUUGUAGAACAUGCGUGUUUGCCUGCUGCCUCCCUCCUAAGUCCCUGUAAGUACACUGCUGGGCUCCGAACCAGUGAAUACAAAUAAAAAACAUAAAUAAUUCUUUUUUUAAUAAUAAAUAA